AUGGCUAAGACCAGUGCCUGCACAUGCACGGCUCCGCUCUUUGCGGUGCAACUACUAUUCUUGGACUGCACCGUAGAGAAAAGCGCUGUCAUUGUAUCUGCUCUUUGUGUUUGGGAAUCGAAAGAUCAGGUCGGCUGCACCGAGGCCAUACAAUUCAUGGUCGUUGCCAGCGUUUGUGAACGACUACCGAUGGAGAACUCAGAAGGACGCGUACCAAGCUCGUCCGAUGUCCCUGGGGAUGACCUUCAGUGCUUUGAGCACAGGGGCUUCCCUAGACUUCCGCGGAGAUCUCCUUGCACCGACAACGUCGCGGCCAAUUUAGUCGACAAGGUGCACUGCAUCCCGGGUGACCUCGUUUCCGAAAAGCCUCUCGCUGGCUUAUGCUUUGAUGUCAUUCACUCCUCUAUCAGGUCGGCAAAGAACGGCCUGCUGAAACAAGUCUCGAAGCCACCGCUUUUGCCAGUCGCCUGA